AUGGCGGAGUCGGAGGAUUUAAGUAGUGGCAGUAGUAACAGCAGUAGUAGGGAGGAUAUGCACUUUUUCGAAGGUGUCGAAAAGCUGUUGGAGAUCUGGUUCGAACCGAACCCAGCGCACAAGAGUGCCGAUCUGCGAAAGAUCCCCAGACCGAUGUGGGAUGCACUGCUGAAAACCGUACGAUGCGAAAUCAUCAGCUUCACCAGAAACGACCAGAUCGAUGCUUAUGUGCUGAGUGAAAGCAGCAUGUUUGUGUCCAAGCGUCGUUGGAUUCUAAAGACAUGCGGUACCACCACGCCGUUGCAGUGCUUCGAACCGUUGCUGCGCCUGGCAGCGGAAAUUGCCGGUUACACCGAGAUCGAGGAUCUGUUCUACUCGCGCAAGAACUACAAACGUCCGGAGCUGCAGGUGUCACCGCAUCGUGGCUUUGACGAGGAGGUCGCAUUUCUCGAUUCGUUCUUUGAAGAUGGGCGCGCCUACAGUUUGGGUGCGAUCAAUCGCGACUGCUGGCAUCUCUACACGCUGAGCCGCGGGGGAGGGGGCUCCAAAAUUCUCAAACGCAACAACCAUCUCCAUCAGCUGAUGGAGCAACACCAUUCGGAGCAGCAGCACGAAGCGCAGCUCAUUGAAGCGUCUAUGCAGCCAGAUCCGGAUCAAACGAUCGAGAUCCUGAUGACGGAUCUUGACCCGAACGUGAUGGCCAUCUUCACCAAGGAUGUCUGCACAACGGCCAAAGAAGCUACCCAGAAAUCGGGAAUUCAUCGUCUCCUACCAGGCAUGGUCAUCGAUGACUAUCUCUUUGAUCCGUGUGGCUACUCCAUGAACGGCAUCUCGAAGAAUUGUGGCAAGAAAUACAAAGAGGGAUGUUACAUGACCAUCCACAUUACGCCGGAACGUGAGUUUUCGUACGUCAGCUUCGAGAGCAAUGUCGCGUCAUCGGAUUACGGCGAACUGAUCAAACGCGUCAUCCGCACGUUCCAGCCGGGUAAAUUCAUCGUAACCGUGUUUGCGAACAAGACGUCGAUUGCAGCGAAUGCAAACCGCGAGAUUGAACAUCUGGGCAUCAUAGAUCAGUGGAAGCGUCGCGACAUUCAAUACUCGCGCUUCGCCAGCUAUGACCUUACGUACGCCCAAUACUGCAAAUACCCUAGCUGA